UUGAGUUUAAAUUAAAUACUUUUGAAAGAUUGGGCGGGCUGUAUUCAAACACUUGGCGGGCCGGAUGUGGCCCCCGGGCCGUAGUUUGCCCACCCCUGGCUUAGACUCAUUAGGUAUUCAUAGGAAAAGCAUUACAAUAUGUCAGGAUUACAGUAUAUGACAAAUAUGCGAUUAUAAUGGAAGUCAAUGGGACCAAAUCAGUCACAAGGGUAAUGAGUGUCGGCAUAUAUCUCCGAUAUUCCUUGCAAUAGAGCAAUGUGAGAAUUUAAAAACAAUAAUAAUGAAAAAACUAAACAAAUCCCGUCCAAGUUUUAUACAAUUAACCUUGAAAUGGACUGAAAUAUUAAGAAUCAAAAACAGCCAAAUAAGCAGAAUAUCCAUGUUUGGUCUCCUUAGGCGCCUCCAACCGCCAUAAUUCCAUUGUGUCGCUGCAGAGUUUAAGCUGUCCCUUCAGAGGGUUUUUACUCCAGACGUCCACUUUAUCUGCCGCAACUCAAUAAGGCAGCGGCGGCGUGACGGGGAUGUGACAGGCGGUGCUUAAAAAAAAAAAAAGCCUCGCUGUAACAUCCAAUGAGCGACACAAAGACACAAACGGCGAGCAAGAGAGUGGCAGAAAGAGCAGAUUAUGUAAUAAAUUGCAUGUCUGCAAGUGGGAUUAUACGUUCUCUAUCUCGUUUUGGGGCGAGCCAUGAGUCUGUCGCCGUGGCGGCGGCAAUCUCAGCACGGCAGUAACCACGUUGACCACGUUGACGGUGAAGGGAUGGUAAACGAUUCCUGGCUUGGUAUUACAGAUGAAAUGCUACGAACAUUUCAAAGAAUUAUCGAAACCGAGGGAAGUUUUUGUGGAAAUUUGAUUUCGAUGUUUUGUUGUCGUCUGGAAACGAGGCUCCCAUACGAAUUAUCAUAAACAAAUUCAAGUUUUGGUUUUGGGUGAUGACGUCCUGAAGCCAGCUCCUUCCUGAUCGACGCAGAUCCUCCCUACCCUCUCGCCAACAAGCGCCGUCACCGUGGCUCACCCCUCGCCGUCGUCGCCCGACUUCCCCUCUUGAGACCUGAACCCGCACAGACCAGCACGCCAAUGCUAGCAAGGAACUGCCUGCUGCUGUUCCUUUGGUUUCACCUCGAGGAGGGCUCGGUUUCGUCUCUUCUACGACCGCCCUCGUCGCCACUGGCGGGACCCGGCAGGACGGCGGGGAGGGCGCACGCCAGGAACUCAGUAGGCCCCGCAAGAAAUGGGCCGGCUGGGUUCCAGCGAGUCAAGAGGGGAUGGGUGUGGAACCAGUUCUUUGUGCUGGAGGAGUACAUGGGGUCUGACCCGCAGUAUGUUGGCAAGCUGCACACUGACCUCGAUAAGGGCGACAGCGCGGUGAAGUACACUCUCUCGGGGGAAGGGGCCGGCUCCAUUUUCACAAUUGACCAAACGACGGGGGACAUCCAUGCCUUAAGGAGUCUGGACAGGGAGGAGAGGCCUUACUACACGCUGCGCGCCCAGGCCGUCGACAUCAACACCAACAGACCCCUGGAGCCCGAGUCCGAGUUUGUCAUCAAGGUGCAAGACAUCAACGACAAUGAGCCAAAGUUCUUGGAGGGACCGUAUCGGGCCAGCGUUCCCGAGAUGUCGCCAGUAGGGACGUAUGUGACGCAGGUGACGGCGACCGACGCCGAUGACCCCACGUACGGGAACAGCGCCAGGGUGGUGUACAGCAUCCUUCACGGGCAGCCGUACUUCUCCGUCGACCCCAAAACCGGCGUGAUAAAGACGGCCUUACCCAACAUGGACAGAGAAGUCAAGGAACAGUACCAGGUCUUAAUCCAGGCCAAGGACAUGGGGGGCCAGCUGGGGGGGUUGGCCGGGACCACCACGGUCAACAUCACCCUCAGCGACGUCAACGACAACCCGCCUAGGUUCUCCAAAAGUUUUUUCCACUUGCGUGUCCCCGAGUCUUCGCCGGUGGGUUCCUCCGUGGGCAGGAUCAAAGCCCACGACUUGGACGUGGGAAAAAACGCCGAAGUGGAGUACACCAUCGUGCCGGGCGACGGCGGCGCCAUGUUUGACAUCACGACCAACGACCACAACCAGGAGGGCAUCAUCAUUCUCAAACGGCCUCUGGACUAUGAGACCAAGAAGGCGUACACCUUCAAGGUGGACGCCUCCAAUGCUCAUCUGGAUCCUCGGUUCCAGACCUUCGGGGCCUUCAAAGACACGGCGACGGUGAAGAUUAACGUGCUGGAUGUGGACGAGCCCCCGGUGUUCAAUAAGCCCGCCUACGUGAUGGAUGUGUACGAGGACACACCGGCGGGCACCAUCAUUGGAGCGGUGACCGCCCAGGAUUUGGACGCCAGCAGCAGUCCAGUCAGGUACUCCAUCGACUGGAGGAGCGACCUGGACAGCUACUUCGACAUCGACCCGGUGGAGGGGACCAUCUCCACCAACGAGCUGCUGGACCGGGAGAGCGUGGCCUGGCACAACAUCUCCAUCGUGGCCACCAAGCUGAAUAGUCCAGUCCUGACCAGUCGGGUGGCGGUCUCCGUGCACGUGCUGGACAUCAACGAGUUCCCCCCCGAGCUGGCCAGCCCAUACGAGAGCUUUGUGUGUGAAAACGCCAAAGUUGGACAGGUGAUUCAACUGUUCAGUGCAAAGGACCAAGACGUUCCAAACGCUGGACAACAGUUCUCCUUUAAAGCCACAAAGGACGACUUCAGCAACAGGAAUUUCACCGUCAGGGACUUUGGAAACAACACGGCCGGCAUCGUCACCAAGCGCAGCGGCUUCCGGCGGCGCUCGCAGGAGAUCUACCACCUCCCCGUUGUCAUCGAGGACAACGGCUACCCGUCUAAAAGCAGCACGGGGACGUUGACCAUACGGGUCUGCGGCUGCGCGGCGGACGGCGCCCUGCUGACGUGCAGCGCCGAGGCCAUCUUCCUGCCCGUGGGCCUCAGCACGGGAGCGCUCAUCGCCAUCCUCUUGUGUAUCGUCAUACUGCUAGUUAUCGUCGUCCUCUACGUGGGCUUGAGGCGCCAGAAGAAGAAGGAGACCCUCAUGUCGUCCAAGGAGGACAUCCGGGACAACGUGAUUCACUACGACGACGAAGGCGGCGGCGAGGAGGACACGCACGCCUUCGACAUGGGAACGCUGCGCAAUCCCAAAGUGGUCAAGGACAACCUCUUCCGCCGCGACGUUAAACCGGAAAUCCAGCGGAGUCUGAGACCGCCGGCGUCCAAGGACAGCGCCGACAUCCGGGCGUUCAUCAACCAGCGGCUGAAGGACCACGACGGGGACAACUCGGCGCCGCCGUACGACUCGUUGGCCACGUACGCCUACGAGGGCAACGGCUCGGUGGCCGAGUCGCUCAGCUCCAUCGAGUCCCUCGCCGUGGACCUGGAGGAGGACUACGAUUACCUCAACGAGUGGGGGCCCCGCUUUAAGACACUGGCGGGAAUCUUCGGGGAGGCGUCGGGAUCUCAUUCGGACUUGGUAAACGCGGAGACCCCGCACUGAGGCCAGACGACAGACUCCAGGAGCAAAUAUGUAACGUUCUGUUGGCGACGCCGCAUUAACAUCGGUAUUUUUCUAUUCUUUUACGUUCACGGUCGGUCCCAAAAUUGUACAACCGAAAGGAAAACGAUGAUCGGAGAUCUCCCAAUUUGAAUGUGGACGCGUAUCCGUGGAGAUGAUGUCACUUCUUUGACCAUCCUUAAAAGUGCCUCAACUUGACAUUUCACGUCCUGCGUUUUACGACCGACGUCACUUCUGUGGCCCCCGUCAGGCCAAAGAUGUUUGAAUGUUAUUUAUCCUUCUAUUUAUUUAUUUGGCUGAUUGGAUUAUUGGCUAUUUAUCUAUUUAUCUCUCAUGCUUAUGUAUAUUUUUUUUAUUUUAUUAUUUUUGGAGACACUUUUUUUUAAGGGAGGCCCGGGUCAACGUUCCUGUAAGGUGAAUAGACUUGUACUAGACUUGUAAAAAAAAAAAAAGAAAAAAAAAAAGAGGCAUUAGGGCUAAAAUACUGCAGUUCUGUCAUGUUACAAAACACCCUUUCUUAAAUAAACCACACUGGGACAAAAA